UCUGAGGACCAUGUACGUCCUGGAUCAGCAGUCCUCAGGGGGCAUCUCAUACAUGAAAGAGUCCCACGGAACAGGCAGUGCAUCCAUUUCUGUUUUUGGACUGUUUCAGACUACUUUCCAUGAAGCUCAGCCGGGACUCCUCAUCCUCAGCAGAGCCGUUCUGUAGACGGUGGGCUGCGUUAUGUCACACUCUCACUGGACUGGAUCUGUUUAACAAAAUCGAAAUCGAAUCGGAAUUUCGCUAUUCCUUCUCCCCCUGAUAUUGAAUCAAACCUUAUAGCCUAACUAGUGGAGACUUUACAUCACUCAGGAUGGAUUCAGAUCCGAACGUUAAAUGCAAAAUAGUGGUUGUUGGAGACAGUGAGUGUGGGAAAACCGCUCUGUUGAACGUUUUCGCUAAAGACUGCUUCCCUAAGGGCUACGUGCCCACAGUGUUUGAAAACUACACGGCAAGCUUUGACUUGGACAUGCAGAGAGUCGAGCUGCGGCUAUGGGACACUUCAGGUUCUUCCUACUAUGACAAUGUGCGGCCUCUCUCCUACCCUGAUGCUGAUGCAGUCCUCAUCUGCUUUGACAUCAGCAGACCAGAAACAUUAGACAACGUUCUCAAGAAGUGGAGAGCAGAGAUUGAAGAGUUCUGUCCCAACACCAAGAUGCUGCUGGUGGGGUGCAAGUCAGACCUCCGGACAGACCUCUUCACCAGGACCCACAAUAGACAAACUCCAGUAUCGUAUGAUCAGGGUUCGAACACAGCCAAGCAGCUGAGCGCCCCCUACCUGGAGUGCUCCUCCCUGCAGUCUGAGAACAGCAUCAGAGACAUUUUCCAUGUGGCCACGCUGGCCUGCGUCAGCAAAAACAACAAGAACAUGAAGAGGAGGAAGUCCUCCAGAGCCACCAAGAGGAUGUCUCACAGUGGAAGGGACAUGUCCACUGUGGUAACAACACACUAUCAGCAGACCAAAGAUAAAAGCUGUACUGUCAUGUAAACAUAAAUGCACACUACAGAGGACAGUGCUGGAUGGCAAACAACUGAAAUGGUUUUCUCAGCUGAUGAAGAUUUUUUUUUCUCUCAACUCAAAACCAAGAGCACAGUGUUCUGGAGUGUCUAUGGGCUGGGCUUUAUUUAAAAAUGAGGCAGAUGUGAAGACUGAUUUGAUGCUUUGGAGAAAAAUUGUGCCAAGCAGACUUUAUGUACACAUUUGGCUGACAGAAUACAAUCUGGGGUGUGCAUGACAGAUAAAUGAUGGGCUCAGAACCAACACAGUACAUAUUAUAUGUACAAUACACCAUCACCUUCAACUACAGCUAGCUGACAGAACAAAAGGAAAAGAUAAAGUGUGUUAGUAAGAUGUUACAAUUAUUACAGUCACAAUUUUUACAGUUUCAUUUAACACUUGUAUCCAAAGCGACGUACAUCUGAGAGCUGAUACGACACAAGCAGGGAUCUUCUCUCCUGAUCUAUUCAGGAGAGAACACGAGUAAGUGCCAUAACGCUAAGAUUGAGUCUGAUAGGACAUAGGUGCCAACAGGCAGUGCACAGAGGCAAUGCAUUCUUCUUUCAAUUCUUUCUUCAGUCCAUCAAGUGCAGAAUUGUUCGCGAAGGGCUGGGUCUUUUGUCUCUUCUUAAAGAUUGGGAGGAACUCUGCGGAUCGAACAGAGUUUGGUAACUUGUUCCACCACCAGGGAACUACAAAAGAGCUAGUAACUUAGGGUCCUGUUGUGGUGGUGGUACCAGGCGCCUUUCAUUGGCAGAGCGUAGUGAGCGGGAGGAAGUGCAGAUCUGAAUGAGGGAGUUCAGGUAUGUGGGAGCUGUUUUACUUGCCGUUUUGUAAGUAAGUGUCAGAGUUUUGAAUUUGAUGCGGGCAGCAACUGGGAGCCAGUGGAGGGAUAUGAACAGUGGGGUGACACAUGCUGUUUUGGGCUGGUUGAAGACCAGAUGUGCCACCACGUUCUGGAUCAUCUGCAUUUUCAUCCUUAUCAAGCCACUCAGAGAAUCCUCAAGCCCUGUGGAUGAGGACAUCUUCCCUUAUAGAUCUUUCAGGUUAACUUGGCCUCACAUAGUACAAUAGGAGGUUAAUUUUUUUAACCUUUAUUUAUUCAUAGGAGUUUUUCUGAGAGCAGUGCUCUCUUUUUCAAGGAAGCCCUGAUCACAUUCACACAGUUACAUAUUCAUACCUGGAAGCUGCCCAAUACAACCACAGUCUGAUCUGCUGGCCACUGAGCAGCUCCACUGGAGCAGUUAGGGUUAGGGGCCUUACUUAAGGGCACCUCAGUGGUGGUAAUGAGGGAGGGGCAAGAGCUGCUUUUUCACUUUCCACAAGCUCACUUCUAUAACCUUUAGGCCACCACUAAGAUGUUAUGUUUUUCCACCUACUUACUUUUAUACCUCGUAUUCAUAAGUGUUCUCGUCAUCUCAGUUCUGCCCACACUGUGAUCUGAUUUCAUUAUGCAGAUCACAUGUUGGAGGUGGAGAUGGGGUGUUGGAUCUUGGGACAGUUAUUGACAGCAAAUAGUGUUCAUUCUAGUGUUAGGCAUCCUCGUAAGAAAGUAGAAUAAUGGGCCUCAUGCAAGAACAUUUUCAUAUUCUUAUCCCAAAACUCUGACUUUUUUUCUGUAAGGUUUGUGUGAGUGUUUCAAGUCAGAUUUAGCAAACACUCUUAAGUGCACAAACUUCGUAAAUGCUUGUUUCAGCCUGAUGAAUGUCACCUGUUUAUGAGGAGGUGAACAUUUGUGAUAUUCAACCAUUAACUUAAUCAAUGCCCCUAAAAUUGGCAAAUUAGGCUCCAUUUGUGAAUAAUGUUCCCAAAGAGUAAAAAGGAGAAUUUCACACCACAGAACUUCAAGUCCUGCUAUCAGAGCUCAGCAAACAGACACAUAACAAAUUUCUGAGUUUCAGUAGGGGACCCGAAACAAUAAGAAAACAUGAAUCCAGCUGCCAACAACAUGUCAUCAGAGCAGCUCUGCACUUUGAUAGAAAUAAAGAGGGAAUGAUUUGACGUGAAGGUAGAUGCUAAAAACCACCUUUCUACAGCAUAGUGCUCCAUGAUUAAUAUGAGGCGGUCAUGUGAUAGUCACAAAGAUAUUAGAGGAGAGAAUAUUAUAGACUACGAUAGGUGAUGUUACACUGUUGCUGCAACACUACUUGAUACUGGACAGAGAGUGGCAGAGAGACAAUGUCUGUCAGAGUGAGAACUUUAGCAACUACUGAAAUGCAGAAGGUGCUGUGUAAAAUAAAAAUAAUAAUAAUAAUAAUAAUAAUGAUGGCCAAUAAAAAUCAGCCAAUCUAAAAAAAAUCUCUCAUUAAAUUGGCAGCCAUGGUGAUAAUAUGGUGAACAGAAUAUGAAUUAAGUUUGUUUGUUACAUAUUUCAUUGUAGUUGAUUUCCAUAUCAUAUUUAAAAUCUAAAUUCAUUCAGUCUAAGACAUUAUAAUUCUAAGUCAAACACGUGCUUCCUCACUUGUGAAGAAAGGCAGACUGUUCAGGACUCAUACCACAGGUCUGGACCACUUACCUAAGAGAGAAUUUUAAGUGUGAUAAAGUUGAUGAAUGCCACAACUUUUCUUAAAUCACUCUUAAGAACAAAUCUGUUCGUACAAGUGGUUCUUGCAUGAGGCCCAGUGUCUUUAUUUUCUCUUAAAAGUCUUUCGAUGAUUGUGGUUCUAUGAUAACUGUUUUAUUUCAGUUUGAUUGAAUUGGUUUUAUGUUUUUGCAUCGGGGUGUGGUAUGGUAACCCCCCCAGAAAUUGACUUAUUAAUGUUUUCUCACAGCACCAUAUUCAGCAGAGGUGCAAAGACACCACUGGAGUACACUUUGGUCAACUAGUUAUAUAUAAUCAUAGUGUCUAGAUGAAACCAGUGAAAAUGUGGAUUAAAUAUGAAGUGUGGAACUGAUGAUCUUUUUUAGCUUAAUAGCUUCAUUAUCUGCAGCUUUACAUUUUACCCUUUCUCUGUCAUUUGUGUAUUUUUUAUAAUAUGUUUGGGAGCCAAACCUUUCAGUGUCACACAGGGGUGAGUGUAAGAUCAGACCUUCAAUGGGGCUCAGCCCCUAAUGAGAAUGUGACAUGCAUACAGCACACCAAAAAAACGAAAAGUGAUGAAAAAUUAGGUAUGAUAGUAAAAAAGCAAAUUAUAUAGCAAUUGGUCUGUUAAAAUGAACAUACAAAUGAACAAAUUUAACAUAUUGAUGUACUAUCUUAAAUGUAAGGAAUACAAAGUAAAAACCAUGACAUAACAGGGCAAAUGUCAGCCAUUCUUAACAUUUCAUCUGUUAUUUUUUACU